CAUAUCAAAAGAAAGACUGCAGUGCAGAGAGUAGAAGUGAAACCCUAGCCUCGAGCAGUAGGGAAGAUGAUGAUCGAGAAGUGGAGACAUCUUCCGGAAGAGAUUAUGACUGAGAUACUCACAUGGUUACCAGUUAAGUCCAUCUUGAGAUUCAGGUCUGAUCAUGAAUUGUUAUGUAUUUGGAACCCGAUUUCCGAAGAGUAUAAGAAGUUACCACAAAUACCAAAAUUAUUCCCACAAGUUCCUGAAUUAGAACCGUCAAAUUCUGUUCCAGCAUUUGGGUUUGGUUGCGAUUGCAAGACAGGGGUUUACAAAGUAGUCCAAAUUCAAACUGCUGGGUGCGAUAUGUUUUCUCAAGCUAGAGUGUAUACUCUAGGAACAGAUUCAUGGAGAGUGCUUGACGAUAUUCCUUAUAUAUUUUGUUUAUAUGGAAGAGCAAAUGGAGUGCUUUUGAAUGGAGUUCUUCAUUGGCUGGUAUAUCCCGACUACAAAGAUAUUAACAAACUCACUAGAGUUAUACUUUCUUUCGAUGUUGGGGGUGAGAAAUUCGGGGAAAUACAACUACCUAAACCUCUGUGGGGUGUACCUGAAGGUGGUGAGGAUUAUUAUAAGACACGUAUUAGCUUGUUGGAUGAUAAACUUUGCUUGUCUUGGAAUCUUGGUGAUGGGGAUGUUGAUGUAUGGGUUAUGAAUGAUUAUGGAGUCAUAGAAUCUUGGACUAAACUUUUCAGCGUUAGCAGGUUAAAAGAAGGUGUCGAGUAUUUGUGGCCAGUACAAUCUUUGAAGAAUGGUGAAAUCUUAUUAUUCGGCUUGCCUUUAAUCCCGUUAACCCAGUAUGACGGGGAUUUAAUCUUGUAUAGCCCAAUUAGCCAAAGAGCUAGGUUCGUGGAUACAAGUGGUUAUCAGAUAUUGGAAGCUGUGCAAACAUACGUUGGUAGUCUGGUUUCAGUUAAAUCAAUUUGUAAUGCAGGCCAAGAAGAUGUUGAGCAGGCAAUAUCACAAUAAAUUGACAAAGAAACUUCAAGAAGGAGACGCUUGAUGGGAGCGUGUUUUGUAGAAGCACAAUGUCCCUGCUUAUAUCUUUUUGGCAAUAGAAGCAGAAAACUAGAUCCCUCUCUGUAUGCCCAUCCUUGUGAGCAGCACCUUCAUGGAUGUCUUUUUGGUAUGUAUGUUAUUUCUGUUGUCUGUUCUCCUUGGUUUAUUGUCGUUUAUCAACUCACCUUACGUCAAUUUAAGGAAUGUAUUUUACUUUUGUUCUGCUCAUUGUAUAAAGUAGUUCUACUUUCAUAGACUCGCUAACAUCUCCAUGCUUACAGUAGAACAUUUUACCAACCUGAAAUGAACCACCAUCAGAUUAUGGGACAAUAUCUAUUAUUCUCCGAAAAAGUAUUUGGGGGUUAGCUUUGUUUCUCUUUGUUUGCUAGAGAUUUAGUGUGAUAUAAAUAUUGUGCUGGUUUUCUUAUUAAUGCGCUUCAAAACAAGUCCCAUUGUAUUUUGUUACUCUGACAAUGAA